AUGAGCGAAGCAGCAAUCCUCGCGGAGGCGAUUGAGAAGGGCUCGACCUUCGAUGAAAAGCUUGUCACACAGCACGCGAAUUGGGUCCAGAGCAUGUCGUUCUCGCCCACAGCGCGGUCGCUGCUCACAGGCUCGAACGACGGCUCCGUUCGAGUGAGUGACCCUCGAACGGGUGAGAAUCGGCUUGAGCUUCGGGGCGACUUUGGUGGUCAGGUGUACGCGUCGCUCGUAACGCCGACUUCAGACGCAGUGGUCGUGGCCUGUGGUGACGGCAAGAUUUACGUCUACGACACCGAGACGGUCAAGGGCCCCCAGAAAGAGGUGCGUCUGGCGGCGCGCCUGCGUCGGACGAUGGAGGCGCACGGAUCGAAUGCGGUGCUCUCGCUGGCGAUAACGAAAGACGGAAGCACCCUCGUAUCGGGGUCGGUCGGUCGCGAUAUCGUGAAACAUGACAUGAAGAGCGGCGAGGAGCUCGGACGGUUUGUAGGACACGAGGGCUACGUGUAUUCUCUCGCGAUUUCAAGGGAUAAUACGCUGCUUGCUUCUGGAUCUGGUGAUGAAACCGUGCGGGUAUGGAAUAUGAAGGAAUGCACCUGUAUCCACACGCUUACGGAGCAUAUUGGUUGGGUAUGGGGCGUUGAUUUCCACCCCAAGCGAGAUAUUUUGGCCUCUGGUUCGAAUGACCGGACGAUUUGUCUGUGGAAUCCUCAGACUGGAGAGCUGCUCCAAAAGAUCGAAACGUUCGAACACGUUUACUGCUUGCAGUUCGCACCAAUCACGGGCCGGUUUCUGCUCUGCGGAACCAGCGGAGAGAAACCACUACGUAUUUAUGAUAUGGAGAAAAACUAUGCCGAGUAUUUGAUCAACAACACGAAGCAAGGGGGUCGAGUGUUCGCUGUCGCAUUCGCCGCCUCUGAAUCUGCAUUCGCAGCCGGCUCCGAGGACGGCAACGUCGUGCUCUACCAACCCAAAAUGCCGAGCGACAGCGCCAGUACGACGCGUCGCAGCGCGGCCGCUGCACGCCCGGCGGCCGAGCCCAGCCCAGUGGAAGAUGCCGGUGCUGCUCGUGCGCCAAGCACGAAACGCACUGGCGGACGUCGCUCAAACUUUUGUAGCUGUUUUGGUGGUGGUGGUGGUGGUGGUGAUGGUGGUUCCAGCCGCCGCUAA